GGCAGAGCACGCCGUUGCGUGAGGUGCUUCUCGUCCGCCGGGCAGGCCUGUGGUCAAGCGACGCCUCCCGCUCCCGUCCCGCUCCGCCCGCAGUUUUCAGUUGACCAAAGAAAUGGUGAUGGAGAAGCCAAGUCCCCUGCUGGUCGGGCGGGAGUUUGUGAGGCAGUACUAUACUCUGCUGAACCAGGCACCUGACUAUUUGCACAGGUUUUAUGGAAAGAACUCUUCCUAUGUCCAUGGUGGCUUGGAUUCCAAUGGAAAACCUGCUGAUGCAGUCUAUGGGCAGUCUGAUAUCCACAAGAAGGUUCUGUCACUAAACUUCAAGGACUGCCACACAAAGAUCCGUCACGUGGAUGCCCAUGCCACUCUCAAUGAUGGGGUUGUAGUGCAGGUGAUGGGAGAGCUCUCCAAUAACAUGCAGCCCGUGCGCAGGUUCAUGCAAACGUUUGUACUUGCACCUGAGGGCUCUGUUGCAAACAAAUUCUACGUCCACAAUGAUAUCUUCCGCUACCAAGAUGAGGUGUUUGGGGACUCUGACACUGAGCCUCCUGAAGAAUCGGAGGAAGAAGGGGAGGAACCUGAGGAAAGACAACAAACACCUGAGGCUGUUCCUGAUGAUACUGGUGCUUAUUAUGAGCAGACUGUCAGCAAUGACAUUGAAGAGCACCUGGAAGAGACAACUGCAGAAGCAGAGCCUGAGCCAGAGCCAGAACCUGAACAGGAACCUGAGCCAGAGGUGCAGGAAGAAAAAUCUGAGCCAGUAUUGGAGGAAUCGGCUCCAGAAGAAACUGUGGAGAAGAGUCCUUCUCCAGCUCCUGCUGAUCCAGCUCCUGCUGUGCAAGAGGACUCCAGGGCAUUUUCUUGGGCAUCAGUAACCAGUAAGAACCUCCCUCCCAGUGGAGCUGUUCCAGUGUCGGGGAUACCGCCUCAUGUUGUGAAAGUACCAGUCUCACAGCCACGUCCUGAGGCCAAGCCUGAAUCUCAGACUCCACCACAGAGACCUCAGAGGGAUCAGAGAGUGAGGGAGCAGCGAACGAGCAUCCCGCCUCAGAGGGGUCCUAGGCCAAUUCGUGAGGGUGAACAAGGUGAUGUGGAAACAAGGCGGAUUGUGAGGUACCCAGACAGUCACCAGCUCUUUGUUGGGAACCUUCCCCACGAUGUGGAUAAAAGUGAGCUAAAAGACUUUUUCCAAAAACUUGGCUCUUCUCUUGCAGGCUAUGGCAAUGUUGUUGAACUGCGCAUCAACAGUGGUGGAAAGCUCCCCAAUUUUGGGUUUGUGGUGUUUGAUGAUCCUGAACCAGUUCAGAAGAUCCUUAGCAACAGGCCCAUCAUGUUCAGGGGAGAGGUGCGCUUGAACGUGGAGGAGAAGAAAACACGAGCUGCCAGGGAGGGUGACCGCAGAGAUAACAGACCACGCGGACCUGGAGGCACUCGCGGGGGGCUGGGAGGUGGGAUUCGAGGGCCUCCACGUGGAGGAAUGUCCCAGAAGCCAGGAUUUGGAGCUGGAAGGGGGAUCGGGCAACGCCAGUGAAUGCAUCGUGGAUGUUGACGUGGUGGUGCAACCCCUUUUUACCUGCAGAUUUGUGAAUUUCAGCCUUGGGUAUCUUGGAAUGUGGCCCUAGCCUGUUAUAGACUGCUACGUUUGAUACUAUUUUGGCCCCUUUUUUGUUUGUGUUAUGGUUUUGUGAUUUUUUUUCUAGUCCUUGUCCCAGAUUCCAGCUUUGUGGAACAACGCUUUAGGAAAAGUGGAUUUUAAAAAGAAAAGAACUGAAUUUCCUUGCUCACCUCAAACUUACGGACUGGAUUUUUUUGGUACCAGUGGUCUUUCCUAGAAGAAUGUCUUUUUGUUUUUUUCUUUUUUCCUCCCCUCUCUACUGAAUUUGGGUGCAUUUCAGUCAGUGGAAUAAUAUUUCACAUGCAUGCGUUCAAGAGCCUAUAGGAAAACAUAGUACUUGGCAAGUAUUUCAAGGGCAGGAAAAUAAAACUUUGAUUUAUCCCUUGAGGGUCAUACGAACAUCAUCUGAUCUGGAGAUAUUGCCACCCGAAAAUUGACGUUCACCUUUCUCUUUGUGGCGCUGUAAAAGUGGAAUAAUGAGUAUCCAUAGAAUCUCUUUUUUUCUUUUUUCUUUUGAUACGUGAUCACGGAAAAGAAUUAUAACUGCUGUUUUACCACUUUGAAAUUUUGGAUUGUGGGAUAGGUUUUAAAUGUCUAGAACUUGACUCUCAAAACACUUUUCCUGAACUUGUGGAAUUUUUUUAUUGAACUAGGGAGGUUUUUUCAUGUUUAGUUUGUAUUUGUAUAAAAAAAAAAAAGCAAAAUUGUUGUGCCUUCUAUUUAUCUCUCAUUCCAGUCUUGGCAAAUUGUUUAAAAAAAAAAAAAAUAAUAAAAAUAAAAAAGGUCUAGAUUUGCUUUAUCAAGUCAAGAGUACGCUGGAGUUCUUCCAAGAGGAAGAUGUACUUUCUUCUGUCGGUAGGCUUGCUAGGUAGAGGUGGUUAUAGCUCAAGUCUUUAAUACUGUCUGUUCUUCAUCAGUUUGGCAUUUCAAUAAUCAAAAACAAGGAUUUUGUGGAUGCAGAAUUCAAAACAUUUGGCUUUUGAAGCUGGGCAGUUCUCAUUACUGAUGCUGUACUUCUGUCACAUUCUUUAAGUUUCUCUCUACUGUGAUGGUUUUGCCAUUUAGGCAAAUUCCCUGCUUCUGCCAGACCUGAUAGAUGGCAUAAGCAUAGGAGGUGCCUCUCUGUCCUGAAAUUAUUACAUUGAACACUCUCCAGUACUCCUAAAGAAGCUGAAACUGAUGAAACAAAUUUCAAUUAUGGGGAUUUUAAGAUCAUAUUACACAAAACAGCAUUAUAUUUCUGUGUAAAUAUCUGGGUAGGAAUGGCAGUCUUGUGUUUACGCCAGACCUCAGAGUUCUUGGUUAUAUGGAAGAACUGUGUAGUAAGCUUCUUUAUCUGUGCUAGGGUUUACUGUUUCCAUGUUUUCUUGGUUUAUUAAUAUAACUUCUGUGCUUUGUUUGCUCUAAAGCUGGAGCAAAACUGCCCUAACUGCAAGGGGUGAGUAGGUAUUACCUGUUACAGAGCAGUAACUUACUGUCACUUACUUGCCAAACGUAGUGAUUGAACCUGGUUGUACUGAAUGUCAGUAGAGUGUUGGGUUUUGUUCUGUUUUGGCUUCAUCUUUAGUGUUGCAUCAUUUCCCUCCUUAUGGAUGUUUCUCAGAUUUCCUGAUGGAAUGGAGGAGAGCUGAAGUGCAACAGCAAUAGCUGUGGCUGUGUGUGCCCUCCCACAGCCAGCAGUGCUACAAAUGCAUACUGCUUCCUCUUGUGGUGGUAACUGGUAUUUAUUUUUUCUUUGGGGGGAAAAAACAGCUCUUCUCAUUAGGAAUGACCAUCGAGUGAAGGUGUGCAACAGAACUGUUUCACUGAACUGUCCUUGUUUGUGUGUUUUGUUUGUUUUUUUUUUUUUAAUUCUCAUAUGUUGUUUCUGGUGUUCUUGAUGUUAAAUCCAGGACUGCAGUAACAGGUUGCACUUCCCAACUGCGGAGGUGCUGUUAAUAAAAGUUUCUAUUGCUCUUCAAAUCUGUGAAAGCAUCCAUAAACGUGAAAAACCCCCAACUUUUCUGUAGUGAAGUCAGACAAUUCUGGCUCACUUUCAUCUGAGUUGAGAAAUGACUGAGGAAUGUCAGUGAAGAACUGAAGUAUGUAAAGUGAAGUGUAUCUUGGUUUUGUAUUAAUCAUACUCUGUGUUAAACAGUGAGACCCAGAGAGUGAUCUUGUCAGAGAAGAUGACAGGUAAAAUAAAAUAUUUACAGAAA